UAUGUCUCGUAACUUCGUAUCUUACGAAACUCCCUCGCAAUCCAGUCACUCGUCCGUUCGCUCCCACGCGCGAAACAUUAUUAGCCGUCCGCCGGAAUCCUCGAACAUGCCACUUUGUAAACACUUGGGACACGUGCUUUUUUAUCAAUAUUAUUUUUCAUUUUUCACCUAAAAUUAUAAAUCGACGAAUCCGACUUUGAUUAAGAAUCCGGGCUAUGAGUUUCCUUUGCUGGUUCACGUCAAAUAACCCUAUGGAUUGAAACAGCGUUUCAUUUUGUGUGCCGGUUUGUGACGAAAUUGUUUACUCUCGGAUCUGUUUAUCUGCUGAGCCUUUUUGUGAAAGUGCGUUAAAAAUUUUCCAUCAACUUUAAUCAUGUAUGGUAUGCUUCUUCAGAGCGUACAGCAUUUCGUCCAGUUGAGUUAUCAGAAUCGAAAAGAAUUCGUACAAAGGCCUGGUCUACAACGUCGACCGUUCGUGCAUUGAAAACUUGAUUUUUCUCAAAGCUGGAGUAUGGAGAGGAGGUAUGGCUGGACAUAUUGGAACAGGCCGGGAUAAAGCACCCGGUAUUCAACACAAGGCAAAUGUAUCCAGAUGCUUUAAUGACGGACCUGGCAGCUGUCGUUGCCAAAUAUAGGCACGAUACGAUCGAUAAUACGAUGCGAUUUUUUGGAAAAUGCUUCGUCAAAUUUUUCAGCAAUCUUGGGUACGACUGCACGAUCAAAGCGACGGGACGCUUUUUCUGCGACUUUUUGCAAAGUGUUGACAAUAUACACAUGCAAAUGAGGUUCACUUAUCCGAAGAUGAAGAGUCCGUCGAUGUACAUCACCCACGUAGAUCCACAUGGCGUUGUGCUCGUUUAUCGAAGUACGAGACAAGGAUUUACUCAUUAUUUUAUGGGUCAACUCUACGAGAUAGCCGAAGAUCUGUACGAAACGACGUUGGACAUCAGAGUCCUCGAGAGCUCCAACAGUAUUCCGGGCUCGCGAAGUGUCAUGGUGAAAUUUCGCAUUGAUUUUGAUAAUCGUGAUUACAUCGCUAAGAAUAAUCGGAUGAGGGAACCGAUAGGUCGUGAAUUGUCACCGGUAUCAUGCAGCCUCCUUCUUCGUCUCUUCCCCUUCGGUGUCAUCAUGAAUCGCGAUAUGAAAAUUUUGGGAGCAGGUGAAAAGCUUCUGCAAGCGUGGGGCGGACGAGCAUCGAUUCUGAAUAAACACGUGACUGAAGUAUUCAAACUGCGCCGUCCGAAAGGCAUUUCAUUUACCUGGGGAAAUGUUAUGUAUCUACACUCGGUAAUGUUCGAGCUUGAGCUAAUAAGGUCGACGGAAAACCGGUCACCCACGUCGAGCAAAGGUCCCUCGGGAGUCGAUUCAAAACUCGAUAGAAAAGGGAGUCAAGGUGCAAGGAGUAUUCUGCUCAAAGGACAGAUGAGAUACAUCGAAGAUAUUAAAGCCAUCGUGUUUCUAUGUUGUCCAUUAAUCAACAGCCUUGACGAACUGCCAAACAUGGGACUUUAUCUAGACGACCUCAAUCCCCACGGUAUGAGUCGAGAGAUGGUUCUCGCCGGUUGGCAGCAUUGCGGAAGACUCGAGAUGAUGUUCGAACGUGCGGAGCAAAGAUCCGAAGAGUUGGAGCUGAGUUACGCUCUUCUGGAUCGUUGGAAAAACAAAACUGACGAAUUGCUCUAUUCGAUGAUACCAAAGACGGUAGCCGAUCGACUCAGAGCUGGAGCAACACCGAUGAGCACGUGUGAGACUUUCGAAAGCAUGUCAGUCCUAUUUUGCGAGCUUUGCGAUUUCGAUUAUUCGACAAUAGAAGGUGCGAUGGAUAUCGUGUCUUCGAUGAACGCUGUUUUCUCCUGCUUCGAUUCUCUCAUGGACAAGUUCAACGUGUACAAGGUGGAAACUGUAGGACGCGUUUACAUGGCAGCUAGCGGUGCACCCGACAGAACUCAAGAUCACGCAAAAAACAUAGCUGACGUUUCACUCGAAUUAAUACGCUGCGUACGAUCACUGAAAUCACCUUCAGGCAUUGACAUACAAAUUAGAAUAGGUAUUCAUUCCGGACCAGCUGUGGCUGGGGUCGUGGGUAUAAAAGUUCCUAGGUACUGCUUUUUCGGAGACACGGUCAACACGGCAUCGAGAAUGCAAACGACAAGUUUGCCAGGAAAAGUUCAGAUAUCGAUGGACACGAAAGCUUUGCUGCCUUCGCAUUCUCAUCGCACUGAAUCACGGGGGGAAGUUUGGGUUAAGGGGAAAGGAAACAUGGAAACUUUUUGGCUAUACGAGAAAGGUGAAAUGGAUAUUUCAGCGGACGAAAGUAAGAAAACAAGCAGUGAAAACGAUACUCGCCGAGACGAAGAAAUAGACAUUGAUGAGAGCGCCAAAUCGCAUUCAACCUCAACUGGUAACGUUCUCGUAACAACGUUAUAAAAAACGAUAAAAUCACUAAACAGUCAUUGUGUUUAUAAAAUAAUGGACAAGUCUGGCAUAUCGAAACGUUUGUGUAUUCAUUAAUCAUAAAGCUGUAUAUAUUUGUCAAAACGUGUAUUUAUCAUUAAAGUAAUGAACGCUUUAAGAAACUA